CUCUCUCUCUCUCUCUCUCUCUCUCUCUCUCUCUCAUGGCGAAUCAUUCCAUGAGCACAGUUUUUGUGGUGCUCACUCUUCUGCACUACCAUGUAUAUGGAGAUUAUCAGCGGCAGCAUGCAGAAGUUGAAAGAAGAGAAGCUGGAAAUGAAGGGUGUGAUAUUUUCCGAGGGAUGUGGGUUUCCGACGAGUCAUACCCUCUCUACAAUUCAUCACAAUGCCCCUUCAUGGAGAGAGAGUUCACUUGCAUACAAAAUGGGCGUCCAGACAAAUUAUAUCUCCAAUUCCGGUGGCAGCCCACUGGCUGCAACUUAACAAGCAGGUUCAACGGUGAAGAUUUCUUGGAAAGAUAUAGAGGGAAGAGCUUCAUGUUUGUUGGGGACUCGUUGAGUUUAAACCAAUGGCAGUCACUCACUUGUAUGCUUCAUAUAGCUGUUCCAGACGCCAAGUAUACACUUGUUAGGGCAGGAGAUCUAUCCACAUUCACCUUCCCGGGAUACAGUGUUAAGGUGAUGUUCUCUCGGAAUGCAUUUCUAGUCGAUACUAUAGCAACACCUGCUGGCCGAAUUCUUAAGCUCGACUCUAUUGCAAGCGGGAAACUUUGGAAAGGAAUCGACUUCUUGAUCUUCAACUCAUGGCAUUGGUGGCUGCACACCGGAAGAAAGCAACCUUGGGAUCUUAUUCAAGAAGGAAACAGUACCUAUAUAGACAUGGAUCGUUUGGUUGCGUAUGAGAAAGGGCUCAAAACAUGGGCUAAAUGGGUGGACGCAAAUGUGGACCAAACAAGAACCAGAGUUUUCUUCCAAGGAGUUUCCCCAGAUCACGAUAAUGCAAGUGAUUGGAGGGAUCCAACUGCAAAAAGUUGCGAGGGACAAAUACAACCGGUGGCUGGGACUCAGUAUCCGGUAGAAUCACUUCCACCGUUGCAAGUAGUAGAAAAAGUGCUGCAUUCCAUGUCAUUUCCGGUUUACUUGCUAAAUGUGACAAUCCUUUCCCAACUAAGAAAAGAUGGCCAUCCAUCUGUGUACGGCCAUGGUGGUCACAACGACAUGGAUUGCAGCCAUUGGUGUCUUGCUGGAGUUCCAGAUACUUGGAAUGAACUCCUCUAUGCAGCUCUUAUACACCGCUAACACCGGUACGGUACUUAUUAAUUAGUUACUUACUUAGCAUGAUACCCGAAGAAUAAGACUUCAAAUUAAAUUUUUUAUUUAUUAGUAAUAAUAUAAAUGAAUUA